AGGAAAAACGAGAAUGGAAAGAAUGGAAAGGAGAAGAAGGCCGUUCGCCGACACUGGUCAGCCAGUAUACGCCAGUACAUCGAACAGUACGACGAUCUUAAAAUCGAUAAUCGUUCCUAAUCCUAAUUCUUUAUCAUUAAUCGACGAUAAUUUAUAUAUGUAUACGUAUAACGUGUGUGUCGAUAAAUAAUUUCGUUCGUCGCAUUGAUUUGUUCGUUCGUCGCGUCGAUUCGUUCGUUCGUACGUAUAAAAAUUUACGAGAUAUUUCCAAUAGAUAUUACGGGAACAAAUCAACGAGAAUAAUAAUUUACAAUUCUCGAAUAAAUGAUCUCAUGGUCUGCCACGAUGUCGUUGAAACGGAUAUCAAAUUAUGUCCUUGCAACAUGGCUGUUGACCACGGUCGGGGCGAUUACCGUGUCCAUAGACCGUUCUGAUGUUAAAACUUCACCAACACGAUCGUCAAUGAUCGCCAAUGGAUGGAGACCACUGGCAAAUGGAUACGAAGAUACGAUUGGUACUAACGUAAAGCCGGCUAAUCAUCUCGAGAGAAACGCACAGCAGCCUCUUCCUCAUCCUCAUCCUGUAUUAGGUAAACUUCAAGAGCACAUGAUCAAGUCGGAAAAACUGAAGCCUCAAAGGAACAAAAACAAGCAGGGUUCUACGUCGAAUCAAGAUUACAGUCCGCCUACUAUACUCGGUAGUUUCACAGUUUUUGGUAAUGCCGCGGCUAAAGCACGCGGUGAAGGACAAAAAGUUUCACAACAGAGCCACGGUAAUAACGUUAACAAAUACGUUGCCAGUGAAACAAGGGAUUAUACUUUUUUGAUACCACCGCCCAAGGACGCAUAUCGUUUUGAACAUUCUGAACCACCGCGCAAAGUUAUCAGGGAUAAUAGUUAUUCGAUCGUUAACGAUUUCUUAAGACAACCGGCAUACGUACCACCACAGGCACAUCAAAUUGUACCAGAUGCAGUAAGAGCUGCCACUUAUUUUAUCAAGGGAUACACAUCAACUACUAAUCCAGUUCCGCCAACCCCAUCGAAAAAUAGACCACCAACGUCCUAUUACAACAAUGGUUAUCCUGGUGUACCUCAACUUCUUCAACCACCGCGACAUCAAGCUAAACCAUUCGAAUCUUUAAAAAUAUCUGGCAAUGCCAAACCAUAUCUUCAACCACCUGGUACCGAUGUAAACGUCGAUUUUGUUAAAGACGAUAGGAUCGUCGAACAAAAACGUCGUCCAAAUUAUGACAGAUAUCAGCCACAAAUACAUACGUCUAAUGGUAAUUUUUAUACCCAAGUGAAUCAUCCUAUAAAUCAUUAUAAAACAUCAUACGAAAGAGAUCCGGCUUAUCUUGUACACGAGAGUCAUGAAGUUAGCUACGUGACACCGUCCUCGAUAUAUAACGAAUAUAAUUUUAGACCGUCGGUACCCUAUGACACAUUAUUACCACCCGAAGUUUAUUCCACUUCUACGAUCGGUACAUCGUCUACUACUGUAGCACCUCAAGUUCAAGAUCAAUCGUCGACAUACGUUCAUACGAAUGACGUUGUACGUGAUAUCGAUGAUUAUUAUAAAAAUUCUCAUAGUACUACGGCAAGCAUCAAACAGAACGACAAUCAUGGUGAUAUUUUAUCAACCUCGGGUAUACCCAAUACUUAUUAUGUAUCUGAACAACAAGAUUUAACUCCUCCACCACCAUCUUGGCCAUUAUCAAAAAAUAAAUAUCCAUCCGAUAUAAACGAGGUAUUACCAAGGAUAAAUCCACCGAAUAAAUUCACUUCCAAUAUUAUACAACCUAGUCAACUUCCUCAAGUUCCAAAAAUGGUUUACGUUAAUCCUCAAGUACAUCAAUAUCAAAGCUCGGUCGUACCCAGCCAGCAACAAGAUUAUGAAACGCCGGAGAGUAUAUCGUUGAAACAUUUCAAUGAGCAACAGUUUAUCAUUCAACAACAGCUUGUACAACGUGACAGGCAACGUCUUGCCGAACAGGAACGUCAGCAACAACUCGAAAUUCAAAAACAACAGCAAGAGGAAUUGAAGAAACAUCAAGAGGAAUUACAGAAAUUGAUUAAACAACAAAAGGAGAAAGAUGAGAAUGGUGGUUCUUUUAUCGAGAAAAAUAUUACAGAUCAAAUUGAAUUCUCCAAGAUCAAUAAUAACAGAGAAAGACCUUAUUCAAUCGAAUUAUCCCAAUACGAAAUCCCUAGGGUUACUUCUCAAUCGCCUAACAUCUACAACGAACAAAAUACUUUCAUAGAGCAUAAUACGUCACAUGGAUCGCAGAUUCAACAACAACCGGAAUCAGAUGGUGUACCAUUAAAGACGAGCUUUGAAAAUCAGGAAUAUCAAACGCAAUACGUUCAACAACAACAACAGCAGCAGCAGCAGCAGCAGCAGCAGCAGCAGCAGCAGCAGCAGCAACAGCAGCAGCAGCAACAGCAACAACAGACAGAUUAUCAUAAGGAAUUGAAUAAUCAGCAACAGGAAUAUAUUAAUUAUCAAGAACCUGAAUUGCAAUCUCAAAGACAACAAAAACCAUCGCGUGAUCAAUAUAGAAGAAAGAAACCUGGCGUUACAAAUACAAGUCCUACAGGUUAUGAGAAUAUAAUUACAACUGAGAUACCUACUGAAUCACCGGAAACAUUCAUACCUUAUACUUUCCCUGUCGAAGAAGUAUCCGUACAUACGACUAUUUCACCGGAAUCUGUAACUUUCCCAAGUUCCCCAAGUACAACUCAAAGAUCGAGAACACGUAGGCCAGGAUUAUCGGGUCAACGUAGAAGACGUCCUUCGACUACGACGACUACGACGACUCAAGAACCUAUUACUUUAACUGAAGGUGCAUACUAUGAAAAGUAUGAAGAUAUACAACAGCAACAGCUUGAUCCCAAUAGACGUAGACGUAUCAAGCCGAGUUAUCAAACGAACGAGGAAACACAUUUCGAGAGACGACCGAACAUACGGAAACGUCCUGGUAAUCGAGUUAGGGUUAACCACGGAGAGCCCUAUGAAGCCGAAAUCGUUACUGAAAUUAUUCAGACUCCUGUGAAUACGUACAAGGGUAAUACCGAACAACAUUCUGAGAAAUAUGUCGAGGAUAACAGAUAUACAUCGAACUUACCCAACAACCAAUACUUCGACUACACAUCCGUUGGUUCUCAAUAUACCGAUGACGAUCAUCGAGAUUAUACUACCGAAAUUAUUCAAUCGGAAUACCCAACCGAAUUAACGAGAAGUAAUAACACCGAGGAUUCUCAACGUAUUCACGAUCAUAAUCAUCAUCGAACAAAUCCAAAUGUCGUCACGAAUAUUCCUCUCGAGGAUUUGUUCGUUAAGACCGAUGGAUAUUAUUUCGAUAAAGGUAUAACGACGUUGCCUACGGCAACUACAGGUACUAAGACAGCAACAAUAACAACAACAACAACAACAACAACAACAACAAGUAAUAUAGCUAGUACUACUACUAGUACAACUACUACACCACCACCAUCACUGUCACCAUCGCCACCAUCUACGACAACUUCGAUCGUUAAAACUGCUGUUACCCAACCAUCUCACGUUUCUUCAACUACGUCAAGACUUAAAAUACGACCAAUGAGAUUUGGUAAUACAACCAGACCGAGAUUCAGUAUUAAAGAUUAUAAAAGUCGAAUGGAUUAUAAAAAUAGAUUGUCGCAAAUCACUGCUACUACUACCACCACCACUUCUACUACUAUGGAACCUCCUAAUCAGAUAACCCAAUCUAAACAAAGGCUCUCCAAUUUGAAAUCUCAACAGAACAAUGAAUACACAGGAAACAGAGAUACUACUGGUAGAUACAAAUAUAUGUCUAGAACGAGUUACAGAACUACAACUGUUACACCGACCAAUGAAUCAGAAAAUAAAUUAGAAAGUGAACAUAAUCCAUCAUCGUCGUCGACUACUACCGAACGAUCGACCAAUAGAUUCGUUCCUAAGAGAAGACCGAUAAGUGGUAAUCUUUAUCGUAGUAGAAUUUCUGCUACUACGAAUAAUCCUAAUCGAUCUCAACAACAACAACAACAGCAACAAGAGCAAAUUGAUAAUGAAAACAAUUCGAAAUAUAGUACAGCCAGACCAGAAAACGUUUUCUCAUCCUCGGUAAGACGUAGACCGAUUAACAAAAAUAGACAAUCAGUUUAUAAGGAAUCAUCUAAUUCCGCUUAUCGUGAUUCUAAUAAUAAUAAUAAUAAUAAUAAUAAUAAUAAAGAAGAAUUGGCAACGGAAAUGGCUGCUGAAGAAACGAGUUUCUAUUCGGCCGUUACAACUUCGGCUACGUCGAACAGACAAAAUGAUAUUCUCAUUGAUAAAGACGAGCCUGUAUCGUCAAAUCUUUCGUUGAAAUUUAACGAGGAAAAUAAUCCGAUCGAUGGGAAAUCUGAUUUAAUGGAAAUCAUAAAAGAUAAGAAUGAUACCAUUCGGAUCGAUGUUUCCAAUGACGAUCAGGAUACGACGAUUGUUGUACUUAAUGAAAAUAAAGACGAUAAGACAUCGAUAGAGAAACAAUACGAAAGUACAACGCGUUUCGAUGUACCCACCGACGAAGAAGAAUUAUUUGCUAAAGCCUCGCAAAGCGUUGCCGAUCUUACAAGUUCGGCUUCUGCUCUUUACGAUAAACCUGGCAUGUUCAAGGCCGUAUCACCUGAGAGUAGAGUAAUAUCACCACAUUUCAAGAUAACCACGGACGAACCUACAUUACCAAUCGAGGCCUUCUUUCAGGAACUUUCUAAAAAGAAUUGAAUGAACUUUCGUUAUUCCAUGAGAAAAUUAAACACUUUUAUGGUCGACAUUAACAAAAAUUAAAAAAAAAAAAAAAAAAAAAAAAAAAAAAAAAAAAAAUUAAAAAGAAAAAAAAAUAGAAAGGGAGAGGAGAGAGAGAGAGAGAGAGAAGAUUUAUUUAUUCGACCAAAUUAUAUUUCACGUUCAAUCGCGUCUCGCUCGAUAAUAGGCAAGUUUUAUUAAAAAUUAAUAUAAAAAAAAAAAAAAAAGAAAAAGAAAAAAAUAAGAAAAAAGAAAAAAAGGAAAAAAAAAUUAUUCCAAUUGUGUGCGUGCGCGUGUGACAACAAUUAAACGACUCAUUUUGUACGAUAAAUUAGAAAGAAAUCUUUCACGCUAGAAAAGGAAACUAAAAGGGAAAAGUUGAAACUUUUUAACAAUUGUUUAUCAAAAAAAUAAAAAAGAAAAAUUGUCUGUGAGCGUAGAUGUAUACAUAUAUAUAUAAAUAUAUAUAUAUAUAUAUGUGUGUGUGUGUGUGUAUAAAAAAAAAGAGAAAAAACA